AUGAGCUACCUUGAUCUUUGGGAUAAAUUCAAAGAAGUCAGAGACCACUGGACAGAAACCAGAUCAAUAUGUGACGAAUUUGCUCGUUUUAUCACCGAUAAAUCCUCACUCGACAAAAAUUACGCUAAAGGUCUCAAAAAACUUCUAAAAAAUGAUCUUUUCAAUCACGAUACCACUACUUUACUCCCUUGCCUAUCCUCAGUCAAAAAUCUAUACAAACAAAGCGCAGUUCAGCUCAAAAUUUUGGCAGAAAAUUUCCAAACAGAUCUAGCUCAGCCUUUAAAACAAUUAUUAGCCCAUCAAGAUUUACUAAUCAAAGAAAAAUUGGAAACCGGGAAAAAGCUUAUAAAUGAUAGAGAAAAAACAAUAAAAUCACAUGACAGGGCUAAAGAAAGGUAUUUUAAAGAAAUAAAAGAAUCAGAGACUUCUGCAAAAAAUAAGGCAAAUUUGGCUGUGAAAUUUGAGGAAAAUUACAAAAGUGAAAUUGAAAUGCUGAAUAACUGUAAUAAAGCCUAUGUGGAGGGGAUGAGAAAAGUACUGUUUGUGUUCCAGCAGCAAGAGGAAGAGAGACUUAGGAUGCUGAAGGAUUCUUUGAGGAAAAUAGUUAUUUUUGAAAUUUCGUUUAUGAGAUCAUCACAAUAUGAAUUGGAUUCUUUACCAAAUGUAUUUUGUAAGUAGGUUAUGGAAAGUUUUAAUCCACAAGCUGAUUUAAAGAAAUUCGUAGAUGACAAUCUUACAGUAACAGGCAUAGAAACAGUAAAAUUUAUGCCUUAUCUUCCGCCUACACCUCGACAAAGCAUGAUAGCACAAAAUAAUAAAAAUGAGCUUAUGGGGACUAUUCUUGAAAAAUGCUGAAAAGGUGAAGACAUUUCUCGAGAAGAAGGAUCAAGAUUUGUAUGAGCAAUUUCGGAUAACGAAGGCAAAAAAGUUUGAGUAACCCUUUUAGGAAGCAUCCACACACAAGAAAAUGCCAGAAUUCCAGAACCAACAUUCAGUACUAUAGGAGAUUUAAUGUGAUGCACUUUCAGCUCAAUGAUGGAAACCCAAGAUUUCCAUUAUGCAAAAGAUUGCAUUAAUUUUACACAGAUACUCUAUACAGAAAAUGAUGGAGAAAAAAAAUUUUUAUAUGAAUUUCUCAUUUCACAUCCAUUAUGGCAGGACGAAUAUAAUUGGGAAAAAAUUAUUUUUUAAUUCUAAUGAAUUAGGUUUCAUGAUAAUAAAAUAUUUAAUAAUAAUUUGGAAGGUAUAUAAAUGUAGCGAUAAAUCAAGAAAUAGAAAAUUAUACGAAGCAUAAAGAAUCAAUCAAAGAAGAGGCUUCAAUGGAUAAAGUAAUUAUUGUAUCACAAUUGACUUGAUUUGGAAGGACAAUGAAGCUGCUUCAAGUAGAAGAUGCUUCUGCUCAGCGGUUACUUGAUUUAUUUACAGAAAGAUAUCAGCUUACAGAGAACAUUCCGUUAUAA